AUCAUCGAAUUUUUCGUUUAUUACUACUUUCGUUCGACCGCACACUUUCUAAUCUCAAAGGAGAGAGAAGCGAAAGAUCGUAACCAACAUCUCGUUCACUUUUUGCUCAGCUUUGUAAGCUGACAAGCGGGUCAGAAUCAGGUCCGCCCCGAUGACGUCAUUAAUUCCACGCUGGCUAUCAUAGAAGUCACUUCUAGCGCACCUCAAGCAUAUUGGAGCUAAAAACACGGGAUAAACGGAGUGAAAAGCGAUUUUUCAAAUAAAGUGCUACGGGAAAUGGUCCAAUUAAACUAGUUAUGAUGUUUGUGUAAUGAGCAGUGAUCUAGGACUCGGAUUAAACAUGAAUAUAAAUGAUAUUUUGAACUCUAGCGGCGACGAGGCCAAUGUCGGGAUGGAAAAUAUGGACGUAUUAUCAAAUGAUAAUCCAGAACUACUGACCUCUGAAUUCUUUGACUCGGUCUUCUCCAUGGAAAACAUCGAUAGCGGUCUAUUCCCAAACUUUGACGACGACGUAAAUUUAUCAAGCGACUCCAGUUCUCACAUCGACGAGGUGCUGUCUCCCCAAAGCUUCUAUUCAGAAAGCGAAAAGAGCAGCAUCUCGACCGAUGCCAUCGACGACGCCGGCUCCAUGAUAAACAGCAUCGACAGUCUGGACGAUCCGAUUUUGAUGUCCUUCCUGGAACCAACUCAGAAUGUGCAAGUCGAAACGCCCGUCGUCGUCAAACCGCCCGUCAAACCCACCAAAAUCCUAAUCCAAAACCCCAACAACAAGCGAGUCAUCGCCAAACCGAUCACACAACCCACCCAAAUCAAGAAAAACCCCAAAGUUGGAAAACCGCAAAUCCUAAAGGUGCAUUCAGUCUCUAACAACGGCAGACCAGUUCUUCUUCCCCUGAGCGUCAAGAGUAUUAAGAUUUUGAAUGCCAACGCCGACGUCACUUCAAUUACCAACAGUUUCAAGAGGCGCAAGAUCGAACCACACCACACAAUUCAAACGGUGGAAGUCGAUGUUUCAGAUGAUGAUACCAACGUUGUAUCCUCAACCAACAACCAAUAUCCCGCAUUAUCCUUAACCAAUGAAGAAAAGAGGCUUCUGGCUAAAGAAGGAAUCCAGUUACCAACCCACCAUCCGCUUACCAAGAACGAAGAGAGGGAGCUCAAGAGGAUCCGCCGGAAAAUCAGAAACAAAAUAUCUGCGCAGGAUUCCAGAAAACGUAAAAAGGAAUACGUGGAUGGAUUGGAGGAACGAGUAAAGAGAGGUUCCGAGGAGAACAAGAACCUGCUCCAAAGAGUGAAAGAGCUGCAGCGACAGAACAGGAAUCUGAUCGCACACGUGAGCAAGCUGCAAGCGUUGAUCUGCAAGUCUACGAGCACGAAGGCCACACCAUCGACCUGUCUGAUGGUCGUGUUGCUUUCCGCUUUGUUGGUAUCGUUGCCGAAUAUGCGUUUGUUCGAAAAGCAGCAGCUCUCCACUGAACAGGAGCAGGUUGCCAUCCGUAGAUCUCUUCUGUCCUCGCAGAACGCCGAAGACGAGGGCCUGAACAUGGACGAGUUCCUGGUGUUCAAAGAGGACGACGCCGAGUUCGAAGGCAAAUUUGGCGAGGACGCUCUGGACAUCGAGAACGCCACCGAGAAGGAUCUGUCCAAGAUUUUGGAAGAGGUGGGCAAGAAGUAUGACGGACUGACGGAGAAGAACAGUUCGGAGAAAAUGAGCAUGUUUAACAGCGUUAUCGAGACCGUCAAAAACUUCUUGGACAAAGAUAAACCGGAACUAUUUGGGAAGGUCGAUUAUGGCGGGUUUCAUAAUAAACAAGGAUUUAUCGAACCGGACAUCGACGACUUUGACGGCGAUCCUCCGGCCAAAAGGAUGAAGUACACUAUGGAUGAAAUUCAAUUUAAAGAUCCGGUACCAGGGUUACAAGAUGUUAAUAUCAUUAGAAAUGAGAAAAUCGUUACAGUAAAUCCCAAUACGUUCACAAUAGUUAAUUCAAAAGACAAAUAAAUUGUUUUGUGCAAUAUUCGAGACUCCGUUUUUUUGUAGAUAACAACACACUGUACUAAAUAUAUUCUAUGUUAUGUGUUACUGUUCCUGAUCUUUCAAAUUUAAUUUUAAUUUCUUCUUUAAUGUUUGCAUUCCAAUAAUUUUGAAUAUAUUUUUUGAAUGAAUAGUUUAUAGCUUUACAUUUGCCAGAAUUAAAGCCUUGUUAAAAUAUU